UAAAUAUGUCUCCAUGAACUAAAUCUUCCCUCGUAAAUCUUCCUUCCAGCGAAAGCUGCUAGAUACAGAUUAGGGUUUUUUCUAUGAUGCUCAAAGGGCGAGAAAGUUUGAUCAGAUUAAUAGGUCGGCGUCGGCGAUUUCUCCGUCGCCGUUCUCUUAUCACUUCAUCUGUUCCUCAGAUUGGUUGUAAAGAAGAUAAGGAUGAGGUAAACACUGAAAGUGGAAAUGGAAAUGGAAAUGGUGAUGAGGAAAGUGGAAAUGGAAAUGGAAAUGGUGAUGAGGAAUGGGUUGAUUGUCCUGUUUGUGGGACGAAGGUUCGAGGUGAAGAACCUGUUAUUAACUCUCAUUUAGAUAAAUGCCUUGCUAGAGGAACUAAACGCAAAUUGAGCCAGUGCACCCUUUUCCAGUUGAAAUUUUGCACACGACCUAAAGUUACAGCCUCAUCCAUUGAUUCAGACUUGACAAGGACAGAGUUUGGUUCAAGUGCAAAUGAUGGUGAUAUCCAUGCUCUGGCUUCUGAAAUGAGAAACUCAGAUGUUUCAAAAAAUAAUGUCCAAGAUGAAUCCAGUUCAUCUUCAGUCUCACUUACUCUGACAACCAGCAGAUCGAAUAUUUUCACGAGAAAUAGUAGUAUCUGUAAUAGGGUUGAUCGAGCGGAAAACUUAGAUGGUCUCCCUGAUUUCGAUAAUGAAUGCAAACCUCUGUCUGGUGCAAAGUCGAUGCAAAUUGUGGGGCUAGAGGUUUUUCCUCAACACCAAAUAAGUGAUGAUAGAAUUGACAACUUCACAGGCUCGCCUUUGUCACUUUCUGAAAACAGGACUCCUACAUUUGUGGAACCUUUGGAAGAUGAUGAUAACUCUAAGAUUUUGCUUGAUACUUUCAUUGUUGGCCGUAAGUUUGCUGAUGACACAGAGUUAAUUAUUGGAGCAAUGGUGAUGCUUUCAAGAGAUUCCGAGAAUGUCAAGGAUCCAAACGCAAUCAAGGUUCUAACAAAAGAUACCGGUCACAGUAAAGAGCUAGGUUUUAUCCCCAGGGAAUUGGCACAAUAUGUAUCUCCAUUGAUUGACAAUUUCCAGAUGAGGUUUGAGGGCCAUAUAACUUCUAUUCCACGGCAUCCUCAUGCAGUUGUCCCAAUUCAGAUAUAUUCCUCUAGCAUUGCUUCUUUUGGUGAAAAGGACUCCUCUAGUCUCCAAGAAUUUAAUUCCUUUAGGAGAAAUGCUCUAUGUGCUGCUGAAUUCUCGAAGACUCGUCCUCCUAUCCCUGCAAAAUACCAGCAUAACCUUCUAUUGUUACUAAAGGAGGUUUUGAAGAUCAACGCACAUCUUUUUGCUGAAGGCGAGAAGACCUUAUUGAAAGCUUUUUUAUCACUCUCAGAUGAUAGUCAGAGGCUCUUUGCUCGGCUUUAUGCACGUAAAGGGCCAUGGUUUCGGACAGCUAGCAUAUCAUAUGCUGAAAUAUGUGAUUAUAAAGAAGCUGUGAAGGGUCUUUCUGAAGCAGAAUGUGUUACUUUAUUCGAAUCAAUUGAUAAACUACAAAUUGGUGACUUGAAGGAGGUAUUGGAUGUCCUUAAUGUUGGUGAACUACGGGACCUCUACAGUCUUAACAAGUCACAUAAGAAGAUUGUCCGGAACUCUGAUCAUGGUAUAAGAAAGCAAGAUUACGUUGGUCGGCUUCUUGGUGCAUAUGAAAGUGGUUUAUGCCCCAAUCUUCAAAGUAUGAUUCUAGGAAAAACUGGAAGCUGUAUCAGGAUAUCUGCAUUGGCUGAAUCUGUCUUUUGGCGUGCUGAGAGGCUAUUUUUUCUGAAUGGAGAGCAGGACCUGUCAGCAUUCUUACUUGUUGACUUGGGCAUUGUAAAAUAUCCUGCUUAUAACUGCAUAUUCACAGACCAGAUUUUUCCAGACAGAAGUGACCUAUUGUCUUAUGAGGAGGCCAUUGAGGUUGCACAAGUUAUGGAUGAGUCUCUUGACGAGAACAACAAUGAGUUGGUAUCAAGAUGCAUUGAAAUUUCUGCCUCUCACGUAUCUAGCUUUGUGGAGGAAGAUAGAUCAUCACAUUUUGGGUCGAUGACUGCAUUUUUAUCUUGCUUUUCAGCCAGUUGGGUAUAUUCUAAGGUGAUCCUGUUGGGUGUUUCUUUCCUGGAGCAUGAACGUAGGUAUAAAGAUGCAAUCGAUUUGCUUAAGCUGCUGUUAGUUAAAUUUAAAUCUGAUCGAAGAAGGGGAUAUUGGACUCUGAGGCUCUCAAUUGAUUUGGAGCAUGUUGGGUGCCUUGAUGAGAGUCUUGAAGUAGCUGAAAAGGGGUUGCUAGAUUCUUGGGUUCGCGCUGGCUGUAUAGUGGCUCUACAGAGGCGGGUUCUGCGGUUGGGUAAGCCCCCUAGACGUUGGAAAACUCCCAGUUUUUCGAAUUCCAUCAAUAGGAAGAUAGUUGAGGUUCAGGGCAGACCAGUGAACUGCAAAACAGGGGUGAAGAAUGUCUUUUAUGGUGAGGAUGGAGAACGUUGUGGAGUAGAAGAGCUUGCUCUUGAGUAUUAUGCUGGAGAAGGAGGAUGCUGGCAUGGUGUUCACACUGAGAGUGGGAUUUGGUUGACUAUUUUCGGGCUUCUAAUGUGGGACAUUGUAUUUGCUGACGUACCAAAUGUAUUCCGUACCAAAUUUCAGACUGCACCUUUGGAUCUUGAAACCGAUAGCUUUUAUGAAGUCAGAAGGGGUCUUAUAGAAGGUCUUCUAGAUAAAAUUGAGCAUGGCAUGGCGGAAGAGUUGCUUAUCAUGUCAUGGGAAUCACAUAUGGGAACAGUCUGUAGGGGAGUUAAGUGGGACAAGCAUUCUCUGUCUGAGCUCCGAGCAGCAGUUACAUGCAUCGGAGGUCCUUGUCUUGCAUCAAUCUGUCGGAAUUUGGCUCAAGAUUACAGGAGCUGGUCUAGUGGAAUGCCCGACUUAUUGCUGUGGCGCUUCCAUGAUAACUACAGAGGUGAAGCGAAACUCGUUGAAGUGAAAGGCCCGAGAGACAAACUUUCUGAACAACAACGUGCAUGGUUACUCUUUUUAAUGGACUGUGGCUUCAAUGUUGAGGUAUGCAAAGUGAGUCAUUCCCCAAUAUAGGUAGGGGUGGAAUUUGCAUGGCAAGCCAACCAUCCAAUAAGUAGAGUUUGUCAACCAUUUACGACAUUCCAAGUAGAGAUGAUACAAGUUAACCUAGAUUGAGUGACAUGUAAAGAUGCGUACCUCCCAUGCCACAAUAAUUAAAUUUAUUAGAGCUUUCAUCUUUCUUGUGCCAUGGAAAACACAGGUCCCUUAUAAUGCUUGGCUAAACAUGAAUAA